CAUUGAAUAUGGUUUUCAUGUUGGGUUUUAAGCUUCGUUGGGUGCAAGCUCUUUAAAAGUUCAUUGACUUAUCUAAUUUGCUUACAAGUUAUGUAUACAUAUGUAAUACUGACAACUCUUUCAGCUUUUAAGGAACUUCACCCGAUAUCCAAUUAACUUACUCUAAGCCUAACCGUUCAUAUUUACAUAUACACGUCUAUAUUUAUAAUUACUUACUGUAUUAAUGUAUUUGUACUGCAAAAUUGCAACUAAUUUUACUUGUUUUUCUUCCAUGUGUCUUGCCAUGUUUGGUACUCUCUUUUGCUCUUUUUUAUCUCUUUUUCGCUCUCUCGCACCAAACACACACACACACGAUCUCUCGUUGGCAUACCCAUUUUGUACCGUUCCGUUCCGUGCGUGCAAAACCAAAAUGUUAUGUAAUCGUACCAACCAACAUCAAUAAAUAUAUUUAACGAAAAUCUUUCAUGUUAUCAAACCAAAUCGAAUACCAUUGUCUGCAUCAAAACAAUACACACAUAACCUCAAAAACAAACAACACCAACCGUCCGAUUUAUGAAAAAAAAAACCAAAGCAAUCCAAAGUGACGGACAAAUUUAAGCGUCCCUUCCGCAAACGGCACUCCUCCAUGCACUAUCAACCGACCAAUCGCGUCAAUCGCUUCCUCUCACAGGCGAUAAAUGCACGUUCCGUCGAUUGCGAUAAGUCCGAGCAUGUGGAUCGCAUUACUCUGCGCUUUCGUGAGAGUGACAAAGAGCGCGAAUACCGUAAAGAUUUCGAUUUGGGUUUUACCACCGCCAUGGGUUGUUCGCUAUUGCUGCUGAUUUUGGGUGCAGCACUACAAGUGUCGGCUCUACCACGUACGCUCAUCCUCUUGCUACUCUUCUUGACCGCUUUUGUAUGGAUUAGCGCCAUACUGAUGUUACUGCUGGCGGUGCGUCUCAAGUGGAUUGUCUGGGACUUGGCGCGUAGUUUCACGCUUCGCUUGGCUAUUACAAUAUUCACCAUAGUGCUGAUCUAUUCGGUGGGUCAGGUGAAUGUGUUCACUUGCGUCAUGGAUCAUCCUUGUGCCAGUAACGUCACAACACAUGCGCCAAGCUUUGAGGAGGACCUGCUCAUAUUUGCGCACCAUAAUGAGGCACACCGAAAAUGCUCGCUGCCACAGUAUGUUUCGCUCUCGGCGACUUUUGCAUUUUUGUCAGUUUCAGUAUUUUUGCGUUUGCCAAUAAUAUUCAAAUCCUUCUUGAUAUUACUUAUGGGCACAAUUUAUGGACUUUUUAUCGAAAUGUCGCAUAUAAAUAUUUUUGAUUGCUAUGACAGCAGAGUAAA